AGCAUGAGAAUUUAAUCAUAGGCUACAGAAUUUAGCAUUACAAUACAUAUCAACACUGGCCCCUGUGUCAGCCUGCAGAUAAUUGGCACCAUGCCUAGCUCAGAGCCUUUAUAGAAUUUUCAGGGACUGGGCGGUGGUGGUGUGAGGUGGCUCUAGUAAGUAAAGGCUGCGGAGGCUGAGCCUGAGGAUCUGAAUUUGAUCCCUGAGACCUGGGUACCUGGGUUGUAGUUUCCUACAACUAUAAUUUUUAACUGUGAUAGCGUAAUACAUUAGUGGUGAAAGAUUCUUGCCUAUGAACUUGAGCAGUUAUCGAAAGAUGUUAGUGUUAAAUUUCAUUUAAGCUAGGGAUUGACUUUACGAUAGGCUAGUACCUUACCCCUAAGAAUCAUUCUGAUUCUGAACAUUUUUGUAUAAACUACAUUUUGGGAUGAAGCAGGAGAAGCCAUACUGCUCAAGGGUAGCAGCGGAAGGCUCUGUAUUCCCUGACAGCUUCGUUUCCUUGACGACGGCUGUUGUGGCGACCAGAACAUCCUCCCAUUGGCUGCUGCCGAGCGUCUAGCGCUCCCCUCUACCGACUUCAUUGGUCGGCGCUCCACAGUCACGACACGUCGUAAAUGAAGUGUCGCAACGCGGAGGCCUCCAGUGGCUGCUGGUCCACGGACGGGGAGGCGGCCGUCAGCUCAGGCCGCGAUGGCGAACGCUCCGGGGCCAGAGAUCCGCGAGAAGUUCCAGGCAGCGCUGGCCCUGUCGCGGGUGGAGCUGCACAAGAACCCGGAGAAGGAGCCGUACAAGUCCAAGUACGGCGCGCGCGCGCUGUUGGAGGAGGUGCGCGCGCUGCUGGGCCCGGCGCCCGAGGACGAGGACGAGCCGGCUGCUGACGAUGGGCCGGGCGACCAGGCCUUGGGCGCGGGUGAGCCCCGGGAGGCUGAGGGCCCCGGAGCGCAGCGGGCGCUGCGCCUCGCGGUGGUCGAGUUCCACCUUGGUGUGAACCACAUCGACACGGAGGAACUGUCUGCCGGCGAGGAGCAUCUGGUCAGGUGCCUGUCGUUGCUGCGCCCCUACCGCCUGUCGCUCGGCUGUGUGUCUCUCUACAUCCAGGCGCAGAAUAACCUGGGCAUCCUGUGGUCUGAAAGGGAAGAGAUCGAAACCGCCCGGACCUACCUGGAGUCAUCGGAAGCCCUGUACAGUCAGUACAUGAAAGAGAUUGGGAGCCCGCCUCUUGACCCGACUGAGCAUUUUCUUCCUGAAGAAGAGAAACUUACUGAACAAGAGAGAUCAAAAAGAUUUGAGAAGGUUUAUACUCAUAACCUGUAUUACCUGGCUCAAGUCUACCAGCACAUGGAAAUGUUCGAGAAGGCCGCUCAUUAUUGCCACAGCACACUGAAACGCCAGCUUGAACACAAUGCCUACCACCCCAUGGAGUGGGCCAUCAACGCCGCUACUCUAUCACAGUUCUACAUCAAUAAGCUCUGUUUUAUGGAAGCCAGACAUUGUCUGUCAGCUGCUAAUGUUAUUUUUGGUCAAACUGGAAAAAUACCAGCUACAGAAGACACUCCUGAAGUUGAAGGAGACGUGCCAGAGCUUUACCAUCAGAGGAAAGGGGAAAUAGCAAGAUGCUGGAUCAAGUACUGCCUGACUCUGAUGCAAAACGCGCAGCUCUCCAUGCAGGUGCUGGGAUAAUGAGUGUGCACCACAACUGGUAAGGACCAUACAGAACACCACCUCAUUCUGGAACCCUUUCCUCAGCUAGGCUGUCAGGACUAUGGAGGAUGGGGUCAGCAUCAAAUCCCGGUUGUCACAUGAUUGUCCCAGUAAAUAGUGGUUAUUUUUAAAACUAAUUGUUGAAUGAGCAGGGUUUUUUAAUCCUCCACAGAUACCAUCUUGUUUCUUGAACUUCAUAGUCUUAAGUCACUUAAAUUCUAUUUUGUAAGCCAGGCAUAGUAGCACAUGCCAGCACUCAAGAGGCAGAAGCAGGAAGAUCUCUGUAAGUUUGAGGCCAGCCUGGUCUACAAAGUGAGUUCCAGAACAGCCAGGGCUACACAGAGAAACCCUGUCUCUAAAAGACACAGCAAAACAAAAACCAGCCAAACAAAUAAAACUGAGUAAGGCCUUCAGAGAUUGCUAGGGGCUAAAAGCAUUGGCUACUCUGCCAGAGGACUGGGGUUCAGUUCCCAGCAUUCACACAGUGGCUUACAAUCAAAUGUAUCUUAGUUCCACGGGAUCCGAUGUUGUCUUCUGGUCUUUACAGAUAUCAGGCACCAACCCAGUACACAGAAAUCUAUGCACAUAAAAUAAAAAAUAAUUUUAAAAAGAAAGGAAGAAAGAGGAGAUGGGAUUUGGUGUGGUGGCACAAGCCUUUCACCUGACCUAAACAAGUGACUAAGAGCAUACAUGAGACCCUCCUCAUGGUGCUCCUGUCUUUUAGUCUUUCCCGAGUUUGUGCUGUGAUCCUGUUUGGAGACAGGCUCUCUGUUUAGCCCUGCUGCUAUGGUGGUCCAGCCUGGCCUCAGAUCUGUAGCACGCCUCCAACUCAGCCCUCCUAGUGCUAGGAUCACAGAGCGGACCACCACACACGGCCUAAUUAGUGUUAGACUGCAGGUCCUCAAAGGCAGGGAGUAGUUCUCACUCAGUUUUAUGUCUUUGCAGUGUUGCCUUUUGGACUGACAAAAUCUUAAAGGUUCAAAAUCUUAAACAUGGCCGUUAAGUGCAGCAGUUAAGUGACGCACAGCUCCAGAGCUUAAAAACAAAACAGAUGAUAAUGCCUGCUUAACUUUGUUGUUAUGAGAGUUAACAUAUAAAGGCCUCAGAAAGUACCUAAGCAGGACUAGUGAGUUGGCUCAGCAGAUAAAGCUACCAAAUCUUGAGGUCCAGUACAGUAGAAGGAGAGAGCCAACUCCUGCAAGUUGUCCUCACAUGUGCCAUGGCUCCUGCGAAUGCACGCAUGCACACACGCACGAACAAACUCAUCUGAAAUAUACCGAGUCCUUAUUGAAUAUUAACUGUACCUUAAUCAUUCUUACUAAUCUACGUGGGACCCUAAUUUCUAGCCACCAAGAAGAAAAAUAAAAUAAAUUACCUAUUUAAAAAAAGAAAAUAAA